AUGGCCUGGUCGGGUGCCGAGCGAGGCAGAGACUCUGAGGACCUGCAGGCCGUCGUGCCAAAGCCGUCUUUGUUCGGCUCUCGCCGGGGCACGCAGGUGACGACCAUCAACGUGCGUGAGAAGCCGCGCCUGGAGCGGCGAAUCAGCGUGGGGAGUGAUUUGGCCUUCACAGGGACCUACACCGGUGCCGCGGCGUCCGCAAAAGCGGCGGCCAAGCCCAGAUGA